AUGGGUCGAGUGUCUUUCGAAGACCCAGUUGAGAACACCAUCAUCGAGGAAGAUGAACCUGUAAACAUCUACCCGUAUGAGAACACGCCAGAGAACAAGUCAUGGGCUGGUGCACUUCCAGUGAAGCAGGGUCUCUACGACCCUGAGCUUGAGAAGGAUGCCUGUGGUGUCGGCUUUGCUGCCCACAUCAAGGGUGUCGCCAGUCACAAGAUCGUCAGCGAUGCAAAAAACCUACUCUGUAACAUGACACAUCGUGGUGCUGUUGGUUCAGAUGCACGCGAUGGUGAUGGUGCAGGUGUCAUGACAUCCAUCCCCCACAAGUUUUUCGUAAAGGAGUUUGGAAAAGAGCAAGGUUACACAUUGCCCAAGCAAGGACAGUACGCCGCCGGUAACAUUUUCUUCAAGCCUGAUACCGAGGUGCUGAAAGAGACAUUGGACACAUUCGAGGAGGUGGCAGACAGCCUUGACUUGCGAGUCUUGGGAUGGCGUGAGGUGCCUCGCGACUCUUCGUUGCUCGGUCCCGCAGCUGCCUCUAGAGAACCCAUUAUCCUACAGCCCUUUGUCGUCUUGAAGUCCGCAUACGGUGAUGCCAAAGCACCCAAGGAGUCCUUCGAGUCCGAAUUUGACGAACCCUACUUCGAGCGCCAGCUUUACGUGCUGCGCAAGCGUGUCACUCACGUCAUCGGCCUGCACAACUGGUUCUAUCUCUGUUCCUUGAGCAACAAGAACAUUGUCUACAAGGGUCAACUUUCUCCUGUCCAGGUCUACGAGUACUACUUCGAUCUGGUCAACGUCGAUUACGAGGGUCAUUUCGCCCUGGUCCAUUCUCGUUUCUCCACAAACACAUUCCCCUCGUGGGACAGAGCACAGCCCCUGAGAUGGGCAGCUCACAACGGAGAGAUCAAUACUCUUCGUGGUAACAAGAACUGGAUGCGCGCAAGAGAGGGCUUGAUGAAGUCCGACUUGUUUGGCGACGAGCUGGAGAUGCUUCUGCCCAUCAUUGAAGAUGGCGGUUCCGACUCCGCCGCAUUCGACAACGUUCUCGAACUCCUUACUAUCAACGGUGUCUUGUCUCUCCCCGAGGCAGUAAUGCUGAUGGUGCCCGAGGCAUGGCAGGGUAACCGCGCUAUGGACCCCGCAAAGCAGGCUUUCUACGAGUGGGCAGCCUGUAUGAUGGAGCCCUGGGAUGGCCCUGCUCUUUUCACAUUUGCUGACGGCAGAUACUGUGGCGCCAAUCUCGACAGAAACGGUCUUCGUCCUUGCAGAUACUACAUUACUGACGAUGACCGCAUUGUUUGCGCUUCCGAAGUCGGCACUAUCGCUAUUGAGCCCGAAAAGGUUGUGCAGAAGGGUCGCCUCCAGCCCGGAAAAAUGCUUCUGGUUGACACUGUUGCUGGUCGCAUCGUCGACGAUGCUGAGUUGAAGCAGACUGUCUCAAAGCGCAAGGAUUUCCAGAGCUGGAUCAGUAGCCAGCUUAUCACUAUGCCCGCCAUUUACGACAAGCUUAGCGAAAAGGGUGCCGACCUUGGCUUCACACUGUCCGAGACCAGAGUCCAGGAAGAUCCGCGACUCAAGGCCUUCGGCUAUUCUCUCGAGCAGGUCAGCCUGUUGCUCGGUCCUAUGGCCGCCGACUCCAAGGAAGCCCUUGGAUCCAUGGGUAACGAUGCCCCGUUGGCAUGUCUUGCACAGCAGCCUCGUCUGCUCUAUGAGUACUUCAGACAGCUUUUCGCCCAGGUCACCAACCCUCCCAUCGAUCCUAUUAGAGAAGCGGUGGUCAUGUCGCUCGAAGCCUACGUUGGUCCCCAGGGCAAUUUGCUUGAGAUGAGCCCUUCCCAAUGCCACCGUCUUUUGCUGCCUUCCCCCCUUCUCUCAAUCGAGGAGUUCAACGCCUUGAGCCAGAUCUCGCAGCUCCACCGCGACUGGAAUGUUCACACCGUCGACAUCACCUUCCCCAAGAAGGAGGGUAUCCAAGGUUACCUUGACGCCCUUGACCGCAUCUGCGACCAGGCCGCUGAAGCUAUCGAGAAGAACGACAAAAUCAUCGUUCUGUCUGACCGCGCCACCUCGGCCGACCGUGUCGCAGUCUCUGCCGUUCUUGCUACUGGUAUGGUCCACCACCAUCUUGUUCGCAACAAGUGGCGUUCUCAGGUCGCCUUGGUUGUCGAGACUGCCGAAGCUCGCGAGGUCCAUCACAUGUGUGUCCUCGUCGGUUAUGGUGCCGAUGGUAUUUGCCCCUACCUGGCUAUCGAAUGUAUCAUGAAGAUGGCUCGUGAGGGUCUGAUCAGAAAGAAGCUCAGCCCUGAGCAGCUCAUUGACAACUACAAGCACUCUCUGGAUGGUGGUAUUCUGAAGGUCAUGUCCAAGAUGGGUAUUUCCACUCUCCAGAGUUACAAGGGAGCUCAGAUCUUCGAGGCUCUUGGUAUCGACGAUUCUGUUGUCGACCGCUGCUUUACUGGUACUGCUACCCGUAUCAAGGGUAUGACCUUCGAGCUCAUUGCUCAGGAUGCAUUCGCUCUUCACGAGAAGGGCUACCCAAGCCGUAACAUUCUGGAGAUUCCUGGUCUUGCUGAGACUGGUGAGUACCAUUGGCGCGACGGUGGUGAGCCCCACGUCAACGACCCCACCUCCAUCGCCAACAUCCAGGAUGCUGUCCGUACCAAGAACGACAAGUCCUAUGAGGCUUACUCCAGAUCUGAAUACGAGCAGAUCAAGAACUGUACGCUCCGUGGUCUCCUCGACUUCGACUUUGAGGAUCGUGCUUCUGUUCCCAUCGACCAGGUCGAGCCAUGGACUGAGAUUGUCCGCAGAUUCGUGACUGGUGCCAUGUCCUAUGGAUCUAUCUCAAUGGAGUCGCACUCUACCCUUGCUGUUGCCAUGAACAGAUUGGGCGGCAAGUCCAACACUGGAGAGGGUGGCGAAGAUCCCGAGCGCAGUCUGCGCAUGGACAACGGUGACACUAUGCGCUCUGCCAUCAAGCAGAUUGCUUCCGGUCGCUUCGGUGUCACCAGCGCAUACCUUGCCGAUGCCGAUGAGCUUCAGAUCAAGAUGGCUCAAGGUGCUAAGCCUGGUGAAGGUGGUGAGCUUCCUGGACACAAGGUGUCUGGACCUAUCGCUCGCACUCGCCACUCCACUCCAGGUGUCGGUCUCAUCUCUCCUCCUCCCCACCACGAUAUUUACUCCAUCGAGGAUCUGAAGCAGCUCAUCUAUGAUUUGAAGUGCUCCAACCCUCGCUCCCGUGUCUCGGUCAAGCUUGUUUCGGAGACUGGUGUCGGCAUUGUCGCUUCGGGUGUCGCAAAGGCCAGAGCCGACCACAUUCUGAUCUCAGGUCACGACGGUGGUACCGGUGCCUCCAGAUGGACUGGUAUCAAGUACGCUGGUCUGCCCUGGGAGCUAGGUCUUGCCGAGACUCAUCAGACUCUGGUCUUGAACGACCUUCGUGGCCGUGUCAUUGUCCAGACUGAUGGUCAACUUCGUACCGGUCGCGAUGUCGCCAUCGCUUGUUUGCUCGGUGCUGAAGAGUGGGGCUUUGCCACUACUCCCCUUAUCGCCAUGGGAUGUAUCAUGAUGAGAAAAUGCCAUUUAAACACGUGCCCUGUCGGUAUUGCUACCCAGGAUCCCGAGCUUAGAAGCAAGUUCAAGGGUACCCCCGAACAUGUCAUCAACUUUUUCUACUACGUUGCAAACGAGCUUCGUGCCAUCAUGGCCAAGCUUGGAUUCCGCACCAUUAACGAGAUGGUCGGUCGUACUGAGGUCCUUCGCGUCCGCGACGAUCUUCGCAACGCAAAGACCGAGAACAUCGAUCUUUCUUUGAUCUUGACACCCGCCCACACUCUUCGCUCUGGUGUUGCCACCUACAACGUUCGCAAGCAGGAUCACAAGCUUCACGUCCGUCUGGACAACAAGCUCAUUUCUGAGUCUGAGUUGGCACUUGAGAAGGGCCACCCCUGCCGCAUUGAGUGUGACGUCGUCAACACAGACCGUGCUCUGGGUGCUACACUCUCAUACCAGGUUAGUAAACGCUACGGUGAGAAGGGUCUGCCCACUGAUACCAUCCACGCCAACAUCCGUGGCUCUGCCGGUCAGUCCUUUGGUGCCUUCCUUGCCCCUGGUAUCACUCUUGAACUCGAGGGUGACUGCAACGAUUAUGUCGGUAAGGGUCUGUCUGGUGGUCGUCUGAUCGUCUACCCUCCCAGAAAUGCAGUCUUUAAGGCUGAAGAGAACGUCAUUGUUGGUAACACCUGCCUCUACGGUGCUACUAGUGGUCAAGCCUUCUUCCGUGGUAUGGGUGCUGAGCGUUUCGCCGUCAGAAACUCCGGUGCCACUGCCGUAGUUGAGGGUGUCGGUGAUCACGGUUGUGAGUACAUGACUGGUGGUCGUGUCCUCAUUCUUGGACCUACUGGUAGAAACUUCGCUGCUGGUAUGUCUGGUGGUAUCGCUUACGUCCUUGAUAUGCAGCGCGACUUUGAGGGCAAGGUCAACCAGGAGAUGGUUGAGCUUUCUCCUCUUGAGGACCCUGCUGAGAUCGCUUUCGUCCGCGGUCUCAUUGAGGAUCAUCACCACUACACCGGCUCCGAGCUCGCUGCACGUGUUCUUCUUGACUUCUCGCGUGCCCUGCACCGCUUUGUCAAGGUCUUGCCCACUGAUUACAAGCGUGUCAUGGAAGAGGAGGCCAAGAAGGCUGCCGAGACCAAGAGAGCCCAGUACCCUCUCCCCAUCAUGCCUGGCAACGCUGUGCGCUCUCUCCACGAGGACUCUCAGAAGAAGCAACAUGAGGCUGAGGCUCACCAGAAGAAGAAGGAUGACCUUCUCGAUAUCGAGGAGAGUGUCACAGACGGAAAGGCUGAGAAGAAGCGUUCGGCUCUUGUCCUUGACAAGACUCGCGGGUUUAUGAAGUACCAGCGUCGCUCUGAGAAGUACCGCAGCUCAAAGACCAGAACUCGCGACUGGCAGGAGUUGUCUCAGCGUCUGAACGAGGACGAGCUCAAGUACCAGGCUGCCCGUUGCAUGGAUUGUGGUGUACCCUUCUGUCAGUCGGAUACUGGAUGCCCUAUCUCCAACAUCAUCCCUAAAUGGAACGAGCUGCUCUUCCAAGGCCAGUGGAAGGACGCCUUGAACAGGCUUCUCAUGACCAACAACUUCCCAGAGUUCACUGGUCGCGUUUGUCCUGCUCCUUGCGAGGGUGCUUGCGUUCUUGGCAUCAACGAGGACCCCGUAGGCAUCAAGUCCAUCGAGUGCGCCAUCAUUGACCGUGGUUUCGAGAUGGGCUGGAUGGUUCCUUCUCCUCCCCAGGUCCGCAGCGGCAAGACCGUCGCUAUUGUUGGUUCCGGUCCUGCUGGUAUGGCUGCUGCUGACCAGCUCAACAAGGCUGGCCAUAGCGUCACCGUUUACGAGAGAGCUGAUCGCAUCGGUGGUCUUCUCAUGUACGGUAUUCCCAACAUGAAGCUCGACAAGAACGUCGUUCAGCGCCGUGUUGAUUUCCUGGCUGCCGAGGGCAUCAACUUCGUGACUGGCGUGUCAGUUGGUGAAGGUGAUGUCACUCUUGAGUCGCUCAGAGCCGAAAACGAUGCUGUCGUCCUCGCUACUGGUGCCACUGUCGCUAGAGACUUACCCAUUCCUGGACGUAACCUCGACGGCAUUCACUUCGCCAUGCAGUUCUUGCACAAGAACACCAAGUCUCUGCUUGACUCCGGUCUUUCUGACGGCGAGUAUAUCUCUGCCAAGGACAAGCACGUUGUUGUCAUUGGUGGUGGUGACACUGGUAACGACUGUAUCGGUACUUCCGUCCGUCACGGCGCCAAGUCUGUUGUCAACUUCGAACUGCUUCCUCAGCCUCCCACUGAGCGUGCUAGUGACAACCCUUGGCCUCAGUGGCCCCGCAUCUACCGUGUUGACUACGGUCACUCCGAGGUGAAGACCCACAUGGGUAAGGACCCUCGUGAGUACUGUAUCCUUUCGAAGGAAUUUGUCGAUGACGGCACCGGCAAGGUCAAGGGCAUCAACACUGUGCGUGUCGAGUGGACCAAGAGCGCUUCCGGUGGUUGGGACAUGAAGCAGGUCGAGGGCAGCGAAGAAUUCUUCCCUGCUGACAUUGUCAUGCUCUCCAUGGGUUUCCUCGGCCCCGAGGCUCGUGUUCUCGGCGAUGAUAUUGAGAAGGAUGCUCGCAAGAACGUCAAAACUCCUCCUGGCAAAUACAACACCAACCUCCCUGGUGUCUUUGCCGCUGGCGAUUGCCGUCGCGGUCAGUCUCUGAUCGUUUGGGGUAUCAACGAAGGUCGUAUGGCCGCUCGUGACGUCGACUCCUUCCUCACUGGUAUGGGAACUCAACUCCCCGUCACUGGUGGUAUCGUCAAGAGCCCUCCUUACGAGUUUCUUCACAAGCCCAAGGAUGCUCCCGUAGAGCUCGUUGCUGCUGCCUCCUAG